AUGCCGUCGAUCCACGGCGCCAGCGGGGACUGGCAGCUGGAGCACGGCCCAGCCAACGUCGUCAUCGCCGUCGACGACUCGAAGGGCGCACAGAGGGCGAUCGAGUGGGCCCUGAGCCACGCGCUGCAGGCCGGCGACACCGUCCACCUCGCCUGCGUGCUCGCGCCGGAAGCCGUGUCCAUCCCGCCGUCAGGGCCCGUGUCCGCGCCCGGCGCGUUCGUCGCGUGGGAGUACGCGCACGAGUCGCAGCGCAAGCAGGAGGAGGAGGCCGCGUCCGCCGUCCUCCGCGGCGCGAUCCAGACCGUCCGAGACGCCUUCCCGGCGCCGCACGGCAGCGCCAGCGAGUCGUCUGUGACGAUCCGGGCGCGCAUGCUGCCCGGCCACGGCGGCGCGAGCGGCGUCGGAGAGAGCAUCGUGGAGUACGCGCACGACAACAAGGCGACGCUGGUCGUGCUCGGCUGCCGCGGCCUCGGCACCCUGAAGAGGGGACUGAUGGCGCUGGUCGGACUGGGCUCCGUGUCAGACUACGCCGUCGCGCGGCUGCACUGCCCCGUGGCCGUCAUCCACCACGACCGCCCCAUCGCACCCCCCGAGAACCGCGCGCGGAAGAUCUGUAUCGCGUGCGACGAGAGCGAUCACAGCAAGAUCACCCGCGAGCGCGCCGUCAAGCACUUCGUCCGCCCGGGCGACGAGGUGCACGUCGUGUCGGUGGCGCUGCCCGUGCCGUACCCGGUCGUCGACGAGGCGUCCCCGGCCGUCGCAGCGUACGAGUCCCAGCAGUGGCAGACGGACAAGGACGCGGCCCUGGCGCGCGCGGAAGAGGUGUGCCGCGCCGCCGUCGACGCCACGGAGACGGACGGGGUGCCGCGCACCAGCAUCUGGUACCGCCCGUUGCUGCCCGAGGGCGGCGCGUCCGAGGUCGGGCAGUCGAUCGUGCACUACUGCCAGAAGAACGAGAUCGACGUGCUGUUCGUCGGGUCCCGCGGCCUCUCGUCGGUCAAGCGCAACGUCCUGGGUCUCCUCGGCCUGGGCUCCGUCUCCGUCUACUGCGUCCACCAGCUCCAGUGCGCCGUCAUCGUGUGCAAGCACCAGGACGCCAUCGCCGCAGCCGGCCCCGCGGCCGCGCCCGAGGAGGUCGCGCUGCUCGGCGGCGGCGAGGGACAGGUCCCCGUGCCUGUCGAGGCCGGGGCCCGCCCGCACCAGGCGUGA